CGGAAUUGGCUAAGGUUUUUCGAGAAGUGGCUGUGAAAGUUAAAAUGUUGGCAUCUGGCAGUGACCUUGUAGUGGAGCACCUGGAUGUUGAAGACUCUCCUGUUCCAGAGGAGCUGAACAUAAUAUGUACAUCUUGCAAAGCAAUGAUGCAAAAUCUUGGCACUCUGUUUAGUGUGAAGUUCAAGACCAAAGCCUCAAAGGCUGUGAGUGAAAUUCUUGUGAGAAGGUUAAUGAGCGAUAUCUCUGGUAUGGUUCAACCUUCUCAUUCGUUUAGUACCACUCCAAGCUUGAUGAAUGCAUCUCGCCCAUCUGACAGGAUCCUUGAUUCUGCGGCCACUGAGCUCAUACAGACCAAAGUAGAAUCUGAGGCAUCAAAAAUAAUUGAUAACUUUGUUGAAGAUGUCAAGGACAUUGUGCAGUAUGCUGAAUUAGAUAAGCCAACAAGCACCCAGAGAGAUACCCAAGUGGGACACUGUACGACAAAGCGGAAACCCUUCCAUGCAGCUCAUAGACUCUGCGAGAGACUUCAGGCAAAGCUGGAGACAUUGUUCCUCAGAAUGGGUGGAGCUUCAGUCCAAGGGGAAGAACUUAUGGAAAAAGCUGACUCCAGUGCUGUGCUUCUGGAGCAUACUGACUCCAGUGAUCUGCCUCUUUCAAUCCUGAGCUUGCCUUCCCCAUGUAUGAGUGAAUCCCCUAUAUCAGAACGUAGUUCAUCUUCUUUAUCUGAUGGAUGUGAUUCAACUGACACUUUAGGAGAAAAACACCAGAGCAACCUGAAACCAGUAAGAGUGAGGCAAUACUGCAAGUGGUCAACUCAACAGGACUUGGUUCUCUCCGUAAAUGCCAAAGUGAGAACUCUCAACCAUUACUGUCUCUCUGUGAUUCCAACAUGGUGCCCUGCACCAAAGAGGUCUUGUCCCAGAUUGUGACCAUGUAUAGGUCAGAGGUGGCAGAUUUGGAAUGCACAUCAUCUGUUGCAGAGGGUUCAUCUUACAACUCCCUUGAAGUCUGUGGCUUUUUGGACAGUGUCAUGUCUUAUCUAGAAGACAUGCCUGUGUCUGGUUCUUCAUGGUUGGAAGGAUUAAGAGAUACUCCAGCCUCAGUCAUUGAGAAACUCUCCAGUGAGGAGUUCCAGAUGAACGCUACCAACGAAGUGCGAAAAAUACUGCUCAAAUCAGUCAGUAGCUUUCCCAACAAAGUCAGUUCCAGCCAGACAGAUUCUCAGAUGUUGCCAGAAAAAUCAACAAUUUCCUUAAGGCAUACAGAUAUAACUGCUUUUGAAAUCGUUGGAUCAAUUAGAAAUGACAUGAAGAGCCUUUUCCCACCCACAGAGUCUUCUACUACUCUAUGGCAGGCAGACUCUAUGCUUCAACAGAGUGAUGAGAAAACCUCAGAGUACACUGAGGCCACACCCAAAGGCUCACAGUCUGGUUUGGAAGUAUCUGAGAAGAAGAUCUGGACAACUGCAAAGACUAUUUACCACAAUGUGAAGACAAAGAUGAGGAAUUAUUUUACAUGGCAAAAUCAAGUCAAAGCAACAACGGCUCAAGCCAAAAAGACCCUCAGCCAUAUUCUGGUUUCAAUUCAGAAAGAGCUGUCAAAAUCUGACCAAACGGUGACUGCGCUUUCACAAAUAGAGAAUGUGGUUGGAAUGAUGCUGAAGGAUUUUGAAAGGGUAAGCAGUGAAUGUGGUGAGGAACUGAUCUAUCAAGCGCCACAGCGUUCUUCCUCCUCGUUGUCAUCCUCAUCUGCCAGAUCAAAGAAGUCAGAGUGGGAAUUUUCACUCCCUGGCACUCCCAUCUCUUCUGAUUUACCAGAGAGUAUUACUCAGCCCAUUGUGAGAUGCUCAGUCAUCGACAUGGGCAAAUCUACUAAGCCAAAAACAUUGGUGUGUGAUGCCAGGGAAAGCAUGUCUGCAAUAGUGGAUACCAUCAUAAAGGAGGUACAUCCAGAGGAAGAAGGGGAGGUUGCAUUCCACCCUGAUCUAACAGCUGCAAUAGCAAGACUGGAGGAGCUCAUAUCUCAGGGUAGGAUUGGUGCUCUCUCACGUGAUCUUACUCACCAAGUCAACCGCAUCAUUUCUGAGAGCAACUUGACCCCUCUGGUUCUGACAGUGGCGGCUGGAAAGAGUGCCUCCGAUACAGUCCUUACUGAGCUGAAGAGGAAUGACAAGACGGUGGGGAAGCCCACAGCUUACAAGCUGGUUCAGCUUUUUGCAGAGGAGUCUGUGAAGCGCCUCUUGCUUCCUAGUCUUGUGCCCUCUACAGCUUCAAUGAGUUUGGCUCAGGGAGUUAGUGUGCCGGCUAGCGUAUCUGAAGAUAGGAUUUCAUGUUCUUUUUCUACAUCAGCAUUUAGUGACACAGUCAGCCUGUUUACCAAAGUAAUGGUAAGCCAGGUCAUGGACUCUGUGGUUUCUGAUGCACAAAGCAGAGGGUCAUCUCCAACCGGAACUGUAACUGAUAUAGGCAGUCUACUGAGUGGUAAGUCCUACCCUCUGCCAUCUUUCUCCGCCAUCAGCAUGACAACAAGUGGGACCUCCAAUGCUGCGGCCAGCAUAGAUGCUGAGGAAAGGGAUACCAUCAGUUGUUUCGGUGUACCUCAGAGCAUUGUUUGUGAUCAGAAUUCAACCAGCCCGGAUGUUGCCUCGCUUUCAACCCCAUCCACUGACAACUUAGUCGGUGAUGAUGACUUCACCGGCCUCAUCAGCAUGUUAGUGGUGAGACUUCUGUCAAAAAUCCAAACCCAAACGGAUCUGUACCCAACUGACGUCACACGCACGUCACAAGACCUGAUUCCAAAAGUUAUAGCUGCCUUCUGUGCAUGGUCAGGCUGCUCUGAGACCCAAGCUUAUCCCAAGAACCUGAAGAGUCACAAAGUAUACAGCACCGUCUACAAACAUCUGUUGAAGGAGUUUGGCUCAGAGAAAAUACUCCAACUGGCCGUGUCGACUCAGGACUCCACAUUCAAUAGGAUUCUUGUGAAGUCAUUGAGCAAGGAGCUUCUCCACAGUUGUAACGAGGCAUCAAGAGCAGCCUCAAGAACAUCUUUCGAAGCCACCAGGCCAGAAGCUCUUCUCAUGGCUGAAGAUGUGAAGGCUACCAGAGGGAAGCUGUCUUUCCUACAAAGGCUUGCCAGACUGAAAUUCGACUUAAAGCCAUUCAUGAUGGGAAACAAGAAGGAUUCCAAGAAGAAUUCCCGCCCUUCUGUAUCUCAAGACCAGACUACUGCUGAAGAUAUCAUGUUGGCACAUCCUGCCACAUUUGGACUCCCAGAGGGUCUUCCCUCCACCUCUCAACAGGAGAAGCCUCGCAAACGUCCCCUUCUAAUCAGGAUGUUUUCCACCAUCUCCAUAGGCAUAUCCAAGCCAUUCAAACGGUUUUCAAAGCAAGCUUAAUACAACAAUUUCCUUUAAUACAGUAAUAUUUGCAUUGAAUUGGUGACCUUUGUCUUCUUUCGUGUUUUGCCCUGUUAACACAUUUGAUUAAAAAUUACAUAGUAUAUUUAGUUUAGUUUAUUAUGCAGUCAUAGUCACGGUGUAGGUUAAACAAAGUAAUGUUGUCCUGAUUAAUGUAUAGAACAUGCACCCCCCCUCCCCACACACACACACACACACACAGUGUGAUUCAUUGAACACACACACAUAG